GAAGUGUCAAAAUGUUAUCGGUUCUGUUCCUUCUCGUCGCUCUUUUAGUCUGUGGAUACUUCCUGUACUACGAGACGAAAGUGAUCAAGCGCCCCCUCUUGGCCGCUUCUAGUGGACCUUUCCGUCGAUAUCUUUGCAAACAUGUCCCCAUCGUUCGAUCGUUGUAUUAUCCCACAUGGUGGUGUAUCGAAGGCAGAGCCCAAACGCUAGUCGCAAGGAUCGUUCGCGCUUUCUUGGCUCCUCAUGUCCGAUAUCAACGGGAGAUUUUCGUGCUGUCGGAUGGCGGAAAAGUUGCAUUGGAUUGGUUCAACAGAAAUCGUAGCCACAAAAGGGCACCACUAGUUGUCAUUCUUCCGGGAUUGCUGGGUGAUUCGAAUGCUGAAUACGUCAAAUAUCUGGUGAAAAGUAUCAUCAGUAUGGGAGCACAGGGGGUAGUUCUCAACAACAGAGGUCUUGCAGGUGUUGAGCUAAGUACUCCGCGGUUAUAUUCCGCAUGCAGCGUGGAUGAUUUAUCGGAGGUACUCAAUAACAUCAGGUUGCUGCAAGCGAAAGUGAAGAUUGCAGCUGUUGGCAUAUCUAUGGGUGGGUUAAUCCUGGGGAAUUAUCUCGUUCGAAAAACAGAUGAAUCCAAGGCAAUACUGACCGCUGCAUACACAAUAUCUCUGCCUUGGAAUAUGUUCAAGGGAUCUGCGAUUAGCAAGCAUGAAAUCCUGUGGCACAAGAAAUAUGACUGGAAUAUGGAUGAAGUUAUGAACAGCCGAACCAUUCGAGAAUUCGAUGCGAACUUCACUGCGAAGCACUCAGGAUUCAGCAACUUAUUCUGCUACUAUUCAUACGCUACUUUGCACGAUAAACUUUUUCGGGUGCAAGUUCCCCUGCUGUGUCUCAAUGCAGCGGAUGAUCCUUUUCAACCUCUGGAAGCUAUUCCUGUAGUGGCAGCUUCCAAAUCGUCUCAUGUUGCUAUACUCGUGACUGCUCGCGGAGGCCACAUAGGCUUUCUGGAUGGCAUGUGGCCUGCUGAUGCGGAACCCUUUAUGUGUCGGCUGUUUCGCCAGUUCGCGACAUGUGCAUUAUUCGAUGUAGAUGGUGAAUUCCGUAGAACAUCAUUACUUAUGUUAAAUCAUUUGAAGAAAGUUUAAAUAAAGA